CUACACUUCCACCUUUAAUAUUAAUUUUUUUUUUUUGAACCUUUCCUUCUAUAAAUAGUCAUUUCUAUACCCCCAAUUGUUACACACACAUGAAACCAUUAAUGGAGAUUUACAUGUUUUAUUUUGGUAUUUUGGUGUUGAUAUCAAACUACUUUUCCCUCACCACUUCCAAAUCACCCUUCAAUCUAACCACCGAUCAAUACGCUCUAACUAUCUUACAAAACUCCAUUAUUUCUGAUCACCCAAAUGCAAUUUUGCAUAAAAAUUGGUCAAUUCACACUCCCAUCUGUGGAUGGAUUGGUGUCUCUUGUGGCACCAAACACCAAAGGGUUACUGCCCUUAACCUCUCCAACUUCGAGCUCCGAGGCACCAUCCCUCCACAUCUUGGAAACUUAACGUUUCUUCGAGUUUUAGACAUCCACUCCAACAGUUUCACGGGCGUCUUACCAUCUGAGCUGUCUAAGUUGCGACGCUUAGAAGUGAUAAAUAUCGCAGUUAACAAUUUCACCGGAGAGAUACCAUCGUGGUUUGGAUCCUUAUCCCAACUCCGACACAUGUAUUUGAAUAACAACAGCUUCUCAGGCAGAAUCCCUUUUUCUAUAUUCAAUAUUUCGAGGCUACAGAGGCUGUAUAUGAGCUUCAAUAUUCUCAAUGGAAACAUCCCAGAGGAGAUUGGUGACCUUUCUUCACUGGAAAGAGUUAGUUUACGAGGUAAUCAGCUGCGGGGAUCCUUACCAUAUGCGAUCUUCAACAUUUCUUCGCUAAUGACAGUCCAUUUUGGAAGAAAUAUGCUAUCAGGAAAGCUCCCAAACAACAUAUGCAGUAAUACUUCAAGACUAAGAGAAUUCACUGUUAAUUGGAACCAACUUGAUGCGGAAAUUCCAAGAAAUAUAGGCGAAUGCAGAGAGCUUGAGCUCCUGCAGUUGCAAGUCAACAACUUCAGCGGUAGGAUACCAAAAGAAGUUGGGAACCUCACUUCUCUGAGAGGUGGGCUACUCCUUGAUCAUAAUCACUUGACAGGCGAAUUACCAGAAGAGCUUUCCAAUUUGGCAUCACUGAGUGUGCUAUCUGUGGGUAGUAAUUUCCUAUCUGGCAGUAUCCCACCUCUCAUCUUCAACAUAUCAACUUUGCAAAUAUUAGACCUUUCAUUCAAUCAGAUUUCUGGUACCCUUCCUUCAAACAUGAGACUGUCACUUCCCAAUCUAGAACUGCUCUAUUUAUAUAACAACAGACUCGCCGGCCCCAUUCCUGCCUCUAUCAACAACGCUUCUCAGCUACGUGAAUUAAUCUUGGAAGCGAAUUCAUUCACCGGCUCAAUUCCCAGUUUUGAUAGUUUAAGGCUCCUAACCUUGUUAGCCCUCUCCAACAAUAGCUUGAGCGCAACCCAUGAUAUGGAAUUUCUUUCUUCAUUAACUAAUUCUCAGUAUCUGCAGUAUAUUGAUAUAUCAGGAAAUCCACUAGGUUGUGUUCUACCUAACUCCAUUGGGAAUCUAUCCCAAUAUCUCGAGUAUUUCUUGGCGCAACAAUCCAAUAUCAGAAGUGCCAUUCCAUCUCAAAUAGGAAACUUAACCAAUUUGAUUGAAAUAGAACUUCUAGACAAUCAGUUGAGUGGAUCCAUUCCGGCAACGCUAGGAAAUUUGAAGAAACUUGGGGGAUUAGCCCUUUACAAUAAUCAGCUGCAAGGAUCUAUCCCCCUAGAUCUUUGCAUGAUGAGCAAUUUGGCGGAGUUGUACUUGAACAGAAAUGAGCUCGAAGGGGCUAUACCAGAAUGUUUGGGUGUAAUGCUAUCGCUGAGAGAGAUUCAAUUAUCCUCAAAUAAGUUGAAUUCCACCAUCCCUUCCAAUUUGUGGAACCUCAAAGAUCUCGUCUAUCUAAACCUGUCAUCAAACCAUUUCAGCGGUAAAAUCUCGCCUCAAAUUGGAAACUUGAAGGUUAUCAACAGAGUAGAUUUAUCCGAUAAUCUAUUUUCCGGUGAUAUUCCCAACUCAACCGAUGAAUGCCAAUCACUAGAAUACCUAUAUUUGUCGAACAACAACUUUGGAGGAUCCAUCCCUCAAUCACUGGGAAAUAUUAAAGGAUUGACUGAACUGGAUUUAUCUAAUAACAGUUUUACUGGAUUGAUACCCAAAUCUCUACAAGAUCUCAGAUUCUUGGAGUAUUUCAAUGUGUCAUACAACAGAUUGGAAGGCGAAAUUCCUAAUGGGAGCUGUUUUUCAAACUUCACUGCUCUAUCAUUUUUGCAAAACUCAGCUCUUUGCGGUCCAGCAAGAUUUGAAGUGCCACCUUGUCCAAAAGUUGAUCAAGGAUCAAAAUCAAAGAAUGUUGCUCGACUAAUGAAGUACAUUUUGCCUCCUCUCAUUGUAGCUAUGGUUGUUGUGAUCAUUGUAGCUAUUCUCAUAAGACGACGAAAGCUUGUAAAAGUGAGUGUUCCAGCAUCGACUUCGCUAGGUAAUCCUUGGAGAAUAAUCUCAUACAUUGAACUAUCACGAGCAACAAAUUCCUUUAGUGAGACAAAUCUACUUGGGAGAGGAAGCUUUGGCUCAGUGUUUAGAGGGGUAUUUGAUGAUGGACUGGAUUUUGCGGUGAAAGUGUUCAAUAUAGAGUUGGAAGGAGGUAACAAGAGCUUUGAAACUGAAAGUAGAAUACUAAGCACCAUUCGGCACAGGAACUUAGUUCGAGUUAUCGGUUGUUGUACCAACAUGGAAUUCAGGGCUUUGAUUCUUCCGUUCAUUCCAAAUGGAAGCUUGGAUAAAUGGUUAUACUCCGAUAACUAUUGUGGAGAUAUUCUACAAUCGUUGAACAUCUCAAUUGAUGUUGCUUUAGCUCUGGAGUACCUUCAUCACGGCAAUACUUUCCCCAUUGUGCAUUGCGAUAUAAAGCCAAGCAAUGUGUUGCUCGAUGAAGAUAUGAAUGCUCAUAUUGCUGAUUUUGGUAUUGCAAAGCUCUUUGAUGAAGGGGAGGCCAUGAUCCACACUAAAACACUAGCUACAAUCGGCUACGCAGCACCAGAGUACGGGUCGGAAGGGAAAGUAUCCACGAGUGCUGAUGUAUACAGCUUUGGGAUAAUGAUAUUAGAGAUGUUCACCGAAAAGAAGCCGACAGAUGACAUGUUCGAUGGGGAAAAGAGCUUGAAGCAGUGGGUGAGUGAAGCAUUGCAAGACAAUGAAAUCGAUCAAGUAUUAGGCCCUGCUUUGCUACCAGAACGAGAUCGACAUUCUGAUACGAAGAUGAAUUGGCUGACAUCUGUGUUUGAAUUGGCAAUGAAAUGUUUAGCCAGUUCGCCCGAUGAAAGAAUCAACAUGAUUGAAGCGGCAGCCACACUCAAAAAGAUCAAAGCAAGAGUUGUAGGAAGAGUGACCACAAGGUAUCAACAACAUGCAACUACCAUUACCUGAUAUGAUGAUUUCUAUUACAUGUACGUCUUUUCGAUUUUUUAGUUGUUCAGUAUAAGUGAGACUGAGCGUUUUAUAGCUCCUUCAUGGGUUUUCUUUGUUUGGUUCUUUUCCCAUGUCGUAGUCUCUGAACUAAACAGGAAGUGUGUAUAAAGGGAUGUAUCUUGGAAAAGAUAGCAAUCACUUAAUACGAAUCUUUCUUUUCUCCUAAA